GUUCGUCUAUUGUUCACAGCACCAACCGCACAUUCCAGAAAGUGCAAGAAAAAGUGGUCUUCCUUGUUCCUCCAAUUAUUCCUCUCCUUUCUCUAUUUACUGCCUGGCUGCUCAUCUGCUCGGUUCAUCUCUUUCUCAAUUUUAGCAAUUCCUCUCUUCUCCGAUGUCGAUCGUUCCUAUCAGUGACCAAGCAGGUGCUAUCUCCAAUCGUUCCUCUUCGGACUUGUGGGAUCCAGAAGGUUUCUUCUCAUCACUAAAUCUUUGGGAUCCAUUCCUAAAUUUUCCUUUCCCAUUCCAAUCCUCCAUAGUUUCCACCCAUUUCCCAUCCUUGGCUGGGGAAAUUUUCCCAUCCCUUGAAACCCAUGUAGAUUGGCAGGAAACCCCAAGAGCCCAUGUGUUUAGAGCUGUAUUUCGUGGGCUUAACAGAGAGGAUGUGUUGGUUUUCAUUGACGAUGAUAAUACGCUUCAAGUAAGCACAGAGAAUGGUAAGUUCAUGAGCAAGUUCAAGUUGCCUGAGAACGCCAGAAGAGAUCAAAUUAAAGCAGCUAUGGUGAAUGGAGUUCUCACUGUGACUAUUCCUAAGGAAGGUGCUAGAUCGCCUAGUGUAAGAUCCAUUGAGAUUUCUGGUUCUGGCUAAACUCUCUCUCUCUCUCUCUCUCUCUCUCUCAUAUAUAUAUAUAUAUAUAUAUAUAUAUAUAUAUAUGCUCUAGAGCUUAUGCUCUGUGUGUGGUGUGUGUGAAGGAGAGAGAGAAGUAUUACGAUGAGGUGUGUUGUAAUGUAUUUUCUUUGCUUGUAGAUCUGUUUCCGUGUGAUGUAAAACUUGCUGUGCUAAUAUAAAUAGUUUGUUGUUGUUGGAAGAAAAAAAAAAAAAGAAAAAAAAAUUUCUAUCUAAACUGAAAAUUUUAAUUUGAUUUGUUUGAUUUUGAUAAUUUUAUUUUGGAAUUAAUAAAAUUUUAAUUUAUUUAUCA